CGCCGCCAUCUUGGUUGUGGGCGUCUCCACCGUCUUGGUUGAGGGCAUCUCCGCCAUCUUGCUUCCGGGCAACGUCGCCAUCUUGGUUGCAGGCGGCGGGGCGGGGCCGUGAGGCGUUGCGGGGCCGGCGGGCAAUCCGUGCUUCUUCCCUCCGCGCCGUUCUGGCGGUCGCUCGGGUGCCCCGUGGCUGUCAGGAAGGGCAGGGGUUGGGGAUGCAGGCGGGGUCGCUGGGCUGAGCCCGCAGGUAGGAGCGGAGAUGGAGGCCCCGGAGCUGUUUGCCACAGCCGUGCCCGAGGAGCAGCUGGAGGGCGGUUGGGACCGGGCCCUGCGGAGGCUGUUCGGGCCCAGCCAGUGCCUGCGCAGCGUGGAGCGCCCCAGGGGCGUGGGAUCCCUUCCCGCCAUUGUGCAGGGCAGGAUGCAGGAGCACUGGCAGAAAGGACGGGGCUUCUCCUCUUGUGGCCAGUGGGAAGAAGCCAUCAUCUGCUAUACAAAAGCCAUCAACCUGGAUCCACAGCGGCAUGGUGCCAGCAUGAUUCUGGGCUCUUGGAGCAUAGCUGGGCCCUGGCAGCAUGGGCUGAGGGUGUCCAUGGUGCAGGCAGAGCUGUAUGAGCAGCGGGCAGAGGCUUUCCUCCAGCUUUGUGACUUCCAGUCAGCCAAGUUGAACUUAAUGAAGGUGCUUGCAUUGGCACCUGCACAAGAACAGCACUGCCUGGCUCGUCUGGCUCUUGUCCUUGACCUGCAGGGCCAGAGUCUGCUGGACCAGGAGCUCUACAGUGAGGCCCUGAAGGCCUUCAUACAGGCAUCUGAGCUGCAGCCUCACUGCAGGGUGUUCUACCAGAGGAGCAUCGUGUGCCUUGCUGCCCUUGGCGAGUUCCCAGGGUUCCUCCGGAUGCUUAACAGAGAACUGGAGGAGGAUGUGAGGAACCCUGAUAUGUAUGUGCUCCGUGCCUUCUACAAGCGGUUUGGGCAGCUGGCCCUGUGCCACCAGGACAUCCAACGGGCCCUGAAGCUGGAACCGCAGCACAGAGCUGCCCAGGCUUUGUGGCAGAGGCUGCUGAGACAAGGCCAGGAGGCCAAAGCCCAGGCAGUGUUGAAGGCCAUGUGUGGAGACCUGCGUGGGGCCCUGUAUGAGAUCAGCUUUGCUAUUGAGAGUGACCCGUCGGCUGCUGAAUUCUUCACCCUCAGGGGGACUCUCCUCCGACAGCUCAAGAACUUCAGUGCAGCCAUCAAGGACUUGGUCAGGGCGAGGGAGCUGAGCACAGUGGGGAGCCCAGAGGCCCGGGAGGCUCAGCGGCAGCUGGUGCUCACCUACAAUGAUUGUGCUGUGCACUGCUAUGCCCUGGGCCAACUUGAUGAGGCUGUAAAGCUCCUUGGUGAAGCAUUGCAAAAUGAAAGGACAGAGCAGGGACUCUACACCAACAGAGGAGACUGCUUCUUUCGCCUGGGGGAGCUGACCUACGCCAUGGUGGAUUACCAGCAGGCGCUGGAGCUGAGUCCAGGGAACCGUGCUGUGCAGGGCCGUGUUGCGGCUGUGUUGCAUGAGAAGGGCUGGCAGGACGUGGCAGCCAGGCGGUUCCUGCAGGCAGAAGCUUGCUUUUCUAUGGCCAUUGAACACGACCCCCAAGAAGCACUGCACUACCUGUGCCGUGCCGUGGCCAAGCGGUGCCUAGGGAAGGUGGAGAGCUCAAAGGAGGAUGUUGCACUCAGUCUGUGGCUCAGCGCCACGGAUAGCAAGGGCAGAAGCCCUUCUGCAGCUGACUGUGGGCAAGGGGAGAGUAUCCCCACGCUGCUGCCUCCAAGCAUUGCACUGUCAUAGCAGCACGGUUCAACAGAUCUGGGAUUUCUUUACAAAAUGAAACCGAACAGGUUCCCUGUCAGAGCAGGUCCUGGUGAGGCUGUCAGGUGUUUGGCUGCAGCAGGGGAAACCUGUGGUGCAGAACUCUUUGCAGGCAAGUUUUUCUGUGAGUGCUGAUAUGUCAGGAGGAUGUUCAGGUCUUGCCUUGUUGCCACUGCAGAUCCUUUCCCUUGCACGCCGCCUCUUUCCAAGAAGGACUGUCCAGGCUAUCCUGAGGAGCCUUGGCCAACAGACCUCGGAUAAAACACUUCAGAGUCCUCCAAGACUUCCA